CCACGCCCGCUUGAAUAAACGCGCAUAAACCACGCCCUUUUCAGAUAGGCGUGGUGUUUCACGUGGCCGCCACCGUGCGCUUCGACGAGACGCUGCAGCUGGCGACGGCGAUCAACGUGCGCAGCGUGCGCGACAUUCUGCGGCUCGCCCGCGCCAUGCCACGCCUCAAAGCCUUGCUUCAUGUGUCCACCAUUUACGCCAACUGCGUGCACAAAUCGAUCGAGGAGCGCGUCUAUCCGCCCGCUCUGGAUGGGGAGCAACUGAUCCAGAUCACCCAGAAUCUACCCGCGGGGGCGUUGGAGAGGAUCACUCCCGACCUGCUCGGCGACUACCCCAACACGUACACCUUGACCAAGCAGGUGGGCGAAGGCGUGGUCCUGGCGGAGUCCACCGGGAUGCCAGUGGCGAUUUUCCGGCCAGCGAUUGUGGUUUCCACCUAUCGGGAGCCGAUCCCGGCCUGGAUCAACAACAUGUACGGGCCGACUGGCGUCACGGCGGCGGCAGGCGUCGGUUUGCUGCGCACGCUCCACUGCGACGCCCGCGUCAACGCCAACAUCGUCCCCGUCGACAUGUGCGUCAACUCCCUCAUAGUGAGCGCGUGGGAGGUGGCUGCGCGCUUCCAACCAGCCGGCCCGCUCGAGCUCCCCGUCUACAACUACGGCUCCACGUCGGCGCAGCCCAUCACCUGGGGCGACUUCCGCACCGCCAGCAGGACCUUCGGCAUGCAGUACCCCACCAUCAAGUGCGCCUGGUAUUACAGUUUCCACAUGUACAAGCACUACGCCCUCUACUAUCUGGCGUCGCUACUGUUCCAUGUCAUCCCCGCCCUCAUUGUCGACGUGCUGCUCUUGUGCGUGGGAAAGGCGCCCAGGUUGCUGAAGGCCUACAAGAAGAUCCACAAGUUCACGGCCGUGAUGUCGUACUUCGCCACCCAGGAGUGGAGCAUCGAGUCGACGGCGAUUGAAAAGCAGCAGCUGGCCAUGAGCCCGCAGGAUCGUCGCCUGUUCUUCUGCGACCUCAAGCUGCUCGACUGGCCCGAGUUCUUCCAGAGCUACUGCAAAGGGAUCCGGCUCUAUCUGCUGCAGGAUCCGCUGGAAACGCUUCCGGCCGCCCAGGCCCACUUAGACAGGCUCUACUACGCCCACCAGGUGCUGAAGGGCGUGGCCCUGUGGGCGCUGAUCUGGAUCGUCUGGCGCCUGCUGCCCUUCUAGAGCCCCAGCAGCGGCUGUUUUGGCCUUGAAAUAAACCGCAUUCUUGCAGUAAA